AUGGCCGAAAAUACUCCAGAGUUAAUAACAAAUAAAUUUAAUGGAAUUGCUGGCAAAGUUAAAGGCCACGCCAUGUGGCAAACCUUAGCAAACAGAUUAAAUGGUUUGGGCUUUGGCGAAAAAAAAACAGCAGAAUGGAGUAGGAAGAGACUUCUUAGUUUAAUGGGUAAUAUUGCUGUAGAAGGUGAUAGGGGAGUUAUUGAAUUUGGCUGCGAGAUAGGUGAGGAAGAUGCCCAAGAAAAACACAUGAUAUCAGAGGAUCAUGCUUAUAAGAGUAGGUUGGUAGAUUCUCCAAAUCCAUUGAAAAGGAAACAGAAUCACGCCAAUAUGUCCGCAAGAACUCUAAAAUUGCUUGAGAUGGCUUGUAGUAGUAAAUCAAUUAAAACAAAUAAAUGCAGUAUUCCUGAGAGUGGCAAUUUUAUAAACGAUAUUACGGACCGUGACGUGAUAAUAGAAGUCAAUCAUGAAGAAAUUUGCAAAACUACCCAACCGCUUGUUAUAAACGAUGAGAUACUCUAUGCUGUGCCCAAUGUGGACUUUGAUUUUAUAGAUAUCCCUGAAAUUAGCGCUGAUUACAGCAACAUUGAGAAAAAUGAUGGAUUUGGUUCUGAAAAUGGACUUGAAGACGGACCCAGCUCCAAAGAACGUAACCUAGAUGACCAAAUCAUUGAAGAGAACCAAUGCGCAGAAAAACCAAAAAGACAGGACGAUCCAGACUGGGAAACCGCUUCUAGUUCAUCUGACGAAGAACUAUUGGAAGAAAAUAAUAAUCUCGAGCAACAAGACAAUGCAACUGAAAUAGAAUUGGAAAAUAAACCAGUGAAUAAAAAUAGGCAGCGACGCAAAAGAAGACAUGUUGAUACUAAGAACUGGAAGCAGGAAAAAAAGAAAAGAGAGACUGGUCUAAAAUAUUUAGGAAAAAAGAAAAAAUGGUGA